CACGCACCGACAGUGUGCUGCAUUUGACACAUCAGCUAGUUUCGUUUUCGAGUCGGGUCAGUGAAUCAAAAAAGUUGCAGAAUCGCGAGAGAGAGGUUCAACAAUUUUUUCGCUUCUGUGUGUUGAUCGGUAAAGUUGCACUUCGUGUCUACUAGCGGUGGCCAAUCUGCACCGGAAUCGAUUUCGACAGUAUUGACCUAACGAACGGUGGCCAACAGUAUGCGGCAGUGGGCCCACCGAUAGGCAAGCUGCUGCAUCAUUCCAGCACUCUGGCUGAUGGAAGAAAAAAGAAAGGCUCAACCUGAGUACAAGUAAGUGUAACGAGAGAAAAAACAAGAACAGAAAGAAGCUUGCGAAGCACGCAAAGCACCAGCACUGAACCUGGUCGGUGGUAGGUAGAUAGCAGCUGGUACGACGAUGGCCUUACGGAAAGUGAAAGGAAACUUCGAACGGAUGUUCGACAAAAAUCUUACGGAUUUGGUCCGCGGGAUCCGAAACAACAAGGAUAACGAGGCCAAGUACAUUGCCCAGUGUAUGGAGGAGAUUAAGUUGGAACUGCGACAGGAUAACAUAAACGUCAAAGCGAAUGCCGUUGCUAAACUGACCUACCUGCAGAUGUGCGGCUACGAUAUCAGUUGGGCCGGAUUCAACAUCAUAGAGGUGAUGAGUUCGAACCGUUUUACGUGUAAAAGAAUCGGCUAUCUAGCGGCUAGCCAAUGUUUCCACCCGGACAGUGAGCUGCUGAUGUUGACCACCAACAUGGUACGGAAGGAUCUCAGCUCAACCAAUCAGUACGACGCAGGAGUGGCACUGUCCGGUUUGAGUUGCUUCAUAUCGGGCGAUUUGUCGCGGGACUUGGCAAAUGAUAUCAUGACUCUGAUGAGCUCCACGCGGCCUUAUCUGCGCAUGAAGGCGGUCCUGAUGAUGUACAAAGUGUUCCUUCGCUAUCCGGAAGCGCUGCGACCGGCCUUUCCCAAGCUGAAGGAAAAGCUGGAGGAUCCCGAUCCGGGCGUACAGUCCGCGGCCGUCAACGUUAUCUGCGAGCUGGCUCGGAAGAAUCCGAAGAAUUACCUCUCGCUGGCGCCGAUUUUCUUCAAACUGAUGACCACCUCUACCAACAACUGGAUGCUGAUCAAGAUUAUCAAACUGUUUGGUGCUUUGACUCCGCUAGAACCUCGAUUAGGCAAAAAGCUAAUUGAACCGCUGACCAAUCUAAUUCAUAGCACCUCGGCGAUGAGUUUACUGUACGAGUGCAUCAACACGGUGAUCGCCGUGCUGAUCAGUAUCAGCAGCGGAAUGCCAAAUCACAGUGCUUCCAUCCAACUGUGCGUGCAGAAGUUGCGCAUUCUUAUCGAGGACUCGGACCAGAAUUUGAAAUACCUCGGUCUGCUAGCGAUGUCCAAAAUCCUCAAAACCCACCCGAAGAGCGUCCAAACGCAUAAGGAUCUGAUUCUGGCCUGUCUGGACGAUAAGGACGAAUCGAUUCGGCUUCGGGCCCUGGAUCUGCUGUACGGGAUGGUUUCGAAGAAGAACCUCAUGGAGAUUGUUCGUCGGUUGUUGGGUCACAUGGAGCGUGCGGAAGGUUCCGCCUACCGUGAUGAGCUGCUGUAUAAGGUAAUCGAGAUUUGCUCGCAGGGAUCGUAUCAGUACGUAACCAACUUUGAGUGGUAUCUGACCGUACUGGUGGAGUUGAUUCAGCUGGAAGCUGGCUCGAAGCACGGUAAGGUGAUCGCCACUCAGCUGCUGGACGUGGCGAUCCGUGUACAAGCCGUUCGUACGUUUGCGGUUAACGAAAUGGCUUCCCUGCUGGCCACCUAUCCGGUUUCGUCCCAGAAUAGUACCAUGCAUGAGGUGCUGUAUGCGGCGGCUUUUAUCGUCGGUGAGUUUGCAAACCAUCUGGACAAUCCGGAGCAGACUUUGAACACACUGCUGCAGCCCCGACAGGUCCCCGGGCACAUUCAGGCCGUCUAUGUGCAAAAUACCCUCAAACUGUUUGCCAAAUUGGUGCACGACUGUCUGGAGGAGGAUAAUUUGGAGGAUAUCGGAAGGUACUGCACUAUGUUGCUGGAGGGGCUUACGGUUUAUCUGAGCUCGGGAGAUAUUGAAGUACAGGAACGGGCAAGUUCGGGCUUUAUGAUUAUUCAGAUGUUGAAGGAUCGUUUGAACGGAAAGGCUGGGUCCGAAAUCCUUCCGGAUAUCGGAGCGACGGUGGAGGAAGUGGAAGUUCUCGGAAAGCCAUCGAUACCGCCGGAUGUUGCACAGCUGAUUCGGGAAUUGCGAGAACUUUUCGUCGGGGAUUUGAAUCCGGUUGCCCCGAAGGCACAGCAGAAGGUCCAGGUGCCCGAGGGGUUGGACUUGGAUGCGUGGAUUCACACUCCACCGCCGGAAAGCAGCGAAUCAAGUGACGAAGAUAAUAGUUCGCUGUUCGGUCAACCGGAUCGCGAGGAACGUGGUACGAAUGGCGAUCAUAAUCAUCAUAAGGGUUAUCGUAAGACCGAGCAGAGUCAGGAGGAGCUUGAUAGGAUUCGUGAAGCUCGCAUCCUGGAACAGUCGAACAACCCUAACUAUCUUAAACCAGUUAAAAAGACAAUUUCCAAUCCGGAUGAGUUCCAGAAUGCUUCGGAGAAUUACGAAGAAAUCCCCGUAGCUGAGAUUGCACUGGAGGUUCCUCUUAAAAUUCACUCAACUAAACGAUCGGACAAAUACCUGUUGGAGCAGCAAUCCAAGCAGACCAAAUCGGCAUCUGGACAGAGCAAGAAAAGUAGGAAAAAGUCGAAACGACACAAGAAGAGCAGCAAAGCUAAAUACAGCGAAACAGAAUCCGAUAGCGACGAUCCAAAGCCGCUGCAUAUCGUUAACACGGUGGUUGAACUGCCGGAAGGUGCAAUCAUGUCGGACAACGAGGAAAAAAUAACGGAGGAUCCGAACGAUCCGCAUCGAGCGUUGGACAUCGAUCUAGAUACGCCAAUUAUUGAGGAUCGACCGAAACGUCGUCCCAAACCGUCUACUUCCGCCCAGAGUAGCCUUCUGUUUGAUGCCGAGGCAGGCCCCUCUGCUGCACCAAGCAAACCGAAACGUAAUCUCCCGAUCAUCCCAAUCACGGACGCGGACGGUAACGAGGCACAUUCAGAGCGGCACAUUAGGAAGGAAAAGAAAAAGAAGGAUAAGGAGAGGGAGAAGGAGCGAUCGCACCGUCAUCGCCACCGACGACCGGCGGAGCAGGAAGCGGAAAACUCCAAGGAAACACAGGAUACAACACAGGUAAGAGAAAAAACCUCCUCCUCCCAUGCGUCUGCCGGUCCCAGCCGGGAGAAACCGUUGGUACUGUUCGAUCCACUGGAAAUCGAGCACGUAGAAGAAAAGCAAAAAAAGAAAUCCAGCAGCCGAAAGAAGCACUCGAAGGAGGAUGGCAGGAGUGCCAAUGCGGAAGAUUCAACCGGCGAUCAGGAAGCGGCAGAGAAGGUUCAUCGUAAAAAGAAAAAAUCGAAGAAAGAAAAAUCUUCGCGAAGCGAAAAAAUGGACGGCUACGAGGAAGCCGUCGGAAUCUCCACCCCCAGUAAGGAGGUCAUUUAAUAGAUACUGGAUUUUUUUAAUAAUGCUAGAGCAAGAACAAAACCAGCCGGCCUUUACUGUCCGAUCUAGAGUCUAUCCGUUUUCCUAAUACCUACUAAACUGAGAGUACUCAUUAAAAUUACGGUAUAAUUAUUAGUUUUGUUCCAUUCGAAGCUUUCAUGCCUUUUCUCAUUUCCGUUAUGAGCUAACCAACCCGCUGUGCGCGCGAACGAACUACACGUUAACUAACAAACACUGGUAGAGUAAGCCAAAGCGCCAAUUUCCAGACUCGCUAUCAUUUUUGUAGAAGAACAAAAAAAAAUUAAACACCGAGAGCGAACAGACUUACUCGAUUUUACCACGACGGAGAUUUUGAAAACAAAACCGAAUAAAUAACACAAUAGUAGAGGACGCGUUUUUAGCUGAACAGUUAGCUGCUGCACUCACUGGUCUCUGGAAAGUCUGUUACGUUGCGUCGAUGUUUUUCGGAACGCGUAGUGAAAGAUUAGAUUUAGCACUUUGCUCUACCGAAUCGUAUCCGUAGAUGUACUAAAACAUGCAGUAAAAGAAAACAGAGAACCACAUCUUACCUAAAAUAGAUGAUGAUUGUUAAUUAAUCAGUAAUUACAGGCAUAUAAGCAUUAUAUAAUAGUAUAUUAUUAUGAAGCAAA